AUGGUUAUAAGGUAUUUUCGUGACCUAACCAGCAUUUCGGUUCCUAUUGUGCGAGAUUGGGGCCUCACACUUGAAGCCAUUCAUAAAGGGCAGGACUUAAGCGACCUCCUACAACAACCGACUGAGACUAAGGAAGACGCAAUUGUUCAAGACCCAAAUAUCGACAACGCAAAGCUUGACUUCGUCUAUGAGCAGAUAGCGGGCUUUAUGCUGGAACUGUCGCGUGUGGAAUUCCCACGCAUUGGCGCCAUCUCUCAGAACGCGACGUCUGGUCAGCGGGAUGUUACCAGACGACCCUUGACGUACGACAUAAACGAGGUUGUUACUCUUGCGCCAUUCAAUUUUGUGAGUCAUCUUUUUGCUGCACGUGCGCAGUCUUUUCAAGUUCACCUUGAGGCGCAGCGCAACAUCGCUGGCGAUGGCGGAAAUCUUGCUUGGAACCAGUUCGUCGCACGACAUUAUUUCGCACGGAUGGUCUCUACACAGGACACUGUCAACGAAACUGGGCCAUUUCGGCUUUUUUGUAAUGGCUUAAGGCCUACGAACAUGCUCGCCGAUUCGGAAACGCUUCGAAUAAGCUCAGUACUCGACUUUGAGUUUACCAACGCUAUGCCAGCACAGUUUGCUGAUGAUGUGCCUUGGUGGUUGUUGCUUCAAAAACCGGCCGUAUGGAUUAGUGAGGGCAAAGUCCAAGAGUUCCUAACUCUUUUACAGCCGCGAAAAGAGCAGUUCAUUCAAGCUAUGGAGCGAGUCGAAUGCAAGUCACCGCUGGCCACGGAGGAGACAAUGGGCACUUUUGAUUCAACCUCGCAUUACGGAGUAAUUAGCUUUGAUAUCGACGAAAUUUACUGGAAGGUGUUGCAUAAAGGCAAUUUGGGCGAGGCCCUUUUGGACAGUGCGACUUUGGGGGAGAAAGAGGCCUCUGUGCGACGGAAGAAAGCCCAACUUGACGCCUAUAGGAGCGAGAAGGAAAGCGACCAACGUUUUGCUGGUCAGUGGUGGUUGGUCAUUAGAGAGUCAACUCAGUAA